AUGAGAACAGCGGUAAAAGCACAAGUUGUGGCAGAUUUCCUGGCGGAUUUUCCAUUAAGUGACGAAGACGAGGUCGAAGAUAUCCCGGGAAUGGAGGAAUAUCGGGAGGAUCCAGCCGACCUACUGGAGGCGAGCAGCCCGACACGAUGGGAAUUUUUCGUAAAUGGAUCAUUGAACAAAGAUGGAUCAGUCCUUGGGCUAGUCUUCACCACACCUGAAGGAAUGAAGAUAGUCCACUCAUUUCGAUUGGAGUUUAAAGAAACGAACAAUGUUACAGAGUACGAGGCGGUGAUCCAUGCUCUAAGUAUAGUCGUUGAAAUGGGACUACAGGAUGUGAGACUGACUAGUGACUCGCAGCUGGCAAUCCGACAAAUUACCGACAAAUAUGCUAUCCAUGAACCGAUUUUGCAAAAGUAUUGGGAACUUGCCCAAUUUUACAUCGACCAGAUCCCCAACAUCAAAUUUCGUCACAUAAUAAGCAAAGACAACCGACAUUCCGACGCUUUGUCAUACAUAGCGUCUCGGUUAACGGAUCCUACUGUGGAAGGCAUCCGAGUCGUGAGGCUUCUUACACCCUCAAUACCAGAGGUACCAUAA